AUGGUCCAGAUUAGUGAAGUCAAGGGCAACUCGCGCGAGAACAGGACCGCCGCGCACACUCACAUCAAGGGUCUAGGCCUACGCGCUGAUGGUACCUCAGAGGUUUCGGGUGAUGGAUUCGUGGGACAGGCUGCUGCCCGAGAGGCAUGCGGUGUGGUAGUCGACCUCAUCAAGGCUAAGAAGAUGGCUGGACGAGCUGUACUGCUCGCUGGUGGUCCCGGUACCGGAAAGACGGCACUUGCUCUGGCUGUGUCACAGGAGUUGGGAACUAAGGUGCCUUUCUGCCCGAUCGUGGGUAGCGAGAUCUACUCUGCAGAGGUCAAGAAGACAGAAGCUUUAAUGGAGAACUUCCGACGAGCAAUUGGCUUGCGAGUUCGGGAAACAAAGGAGGUUUACGAGGGAGAGGUGACAGAAUUGACUCCGGAGGAGACUGAGAACCCGCUCGGUGGUUACGGACGUACCAUCAGCCAUCUCCUUAUUGGUCUUAAGUCCGCUAAGGGCAGCAAGAAGCUCCGUCUCGACCCCAGCAUUUACGAAGCUAUCCAGAAGGAGCGUGUCACUGUUGGAGACGUCAUCUACAUUGAAGCCAAUACCGGUGCUUGCAAGCGUGUUGGACGCUCGGACGCCUAUGCGACUGAAUUCGAUCUCGAAGCGGAGGAAUACGUGCCCGUCCCUAAGGGCGAGGUCCACAAGAAGAAGGAGAUUGUACAGGAUGUGACCUUGCAUGACCUGGACAUGGCCAACGCCCGGCCACAAGGUGGACAGGAUGUGAUGAGCAUGAUGGGUCAGCUCAUGAAGCCCAAGAAGACCGAGAUUACAGACAAAUUGCGCCAGGAGAUCAAUAAGGUGGUCAACCGCUACAUUGAUCAGGGUGUGGCCGAGCUUGUCCCCGGUGUUCUGUUCAUUGACGAGGUCCACAUGCUUGAUAUCGAGUGCUUCACAUAUCUGAACCGUGCUCUUGAGUCCAGCAUUUCACCCAUCGUGAUUCUUGCUUCUAACCGUGUGCCGCUCACGGCAUUCCCCCCCGAUCUUCUUGCCCGCCUCCUCAUCAUCCCCACAACCCCUUACAGCCCCGACGAGAUCAAGACUAUCAUCCGACUUCGUGCGAAGACCGAGGCCAUCACCAUUAAUGAGCCCGCCCUGGACAAGCUUGCUGAGCACGGUAGCAAGGUCAGCUUGCGAUAUGCACUGCAGCUGUUGACUCCGGCAAGCAUUCUGGCUCGAGUCAACGGCCAUCCAAAUGGUAUCGAGGCUGUUGAUGUUGCAGAGUGCGAAGAUAUGUUCCUGGAUGCCAAGCGCAGUGCACAAAUUGUCAACCAGGACAGCAGCAAGUUCCUGCUGUAG